AUGAAAAUGGUGGCAGCGCCGGCCGAUUCUCAAUCAAAUAGUUUUUGUGUCGCCAUUCUUAAGUGUAUAAUGUGUUGUGCAGUGCAACGACAGUCCGGCGAAACAGGUCUUAAUCCAGUAUUAUUUACUUCCUGUCCGACCGUCAGCCGGCAUCCCGAGAAUUACGAUCCGAGGACGACGCAUCAAGAUAAGACGUUAUCAGUCACUCAGCGACGUUGGUAUGGUGGAGUGGGAAUGUAUGGCACCUUCCCGCUCCAAUCGUCCGUAUUUUUGUCGGAUAUUACAAUGAAGAAAAAUAAAUAUUGA